CAGGAUUCUCCCAGGAGUCCUUGGCUUCGGUUUCUGGGAAGGAUUCCCUCAAAUCCCUCUGUUUCCCACGAGCUUUCCCGUGAUCUGCCCUGUCACGGCCUCCUCUGAGCUUCUGCUUCCCGGGAAAUCCUUCCCUGCUCCCUGGAAGCUCCUUAGGGAGGAUCAGGCUGCAGGGAGGGUUUGUUUGGUGUGGAAAUUCCCGUUCCCACGGGAUAAACACCAAGCUUGGGUUGCUGGGAGCUGGUGGCAAUUCUGCAUUCCUGGGUCCCUCUGAGGGGACAAAAAGGGACUUAGAGGGUCUCUCUUGAGCUCAGACAAAAUUUUGUGGCUUUUUUGAAACCUUGUGGAGUUGGUGUCACAUUAACAGGAUCCACGGAUGUCACGUGGGAUUUCCUGCCAGGACUUUUUGGGGUUCCUGUGAGGACUUUUAGUCCCUUCUUGAACCCACAACCAAAGGGGGUUUUUUGGCAUCCAAAAAACACAGGGGAGCUGAAGCUUUUUUAGAGGAAAUGGAGCAAAUCUGAACCAGGGGCACUCUGCCAGCACGGACCUGACCUUGGCACUUCCCUCCUGCAGUGGGAAUGAGGAAUAUUGGGAUUUCCAGCUGCCUUUUCCUCCUGGAUGGACUCAACCAUUGAUCACCUCCAACGAACACAGCAGCUUUUAGGAAGGGACAGAGUCCUCCUAAAGCCACUUCCCAUGGGAAAGAGGGAGAUCCAGCAGUUUUCUCUUUCACUUCCUGACCUGACUGACCAGUUUCUCCUUGGAAAUGUUUGAGGAAACGCCUUGCAGGUGUUUGUACAAGUUCAGGCAAUUCCCAGGAUGUGGGAACAUCGUGACAUUCUCCCAGUUCCUGUUUAUUGCAGUGGAAGGUUUUAUCUUCGAGGCCAACUUCGGGAGGAAGCGCCCGGCCAUCCCCAUCAGGAACUAUUUCAUCAUGGUGGCCAUGUUCUUCACCGUCAGUGUGGUCAAUAACUACGCCCUGAACCUGAACAUUGCGAUGCCGCUGCACAUGAUCUUCCGCUCGGGUUCUCUCAUAGCAAGCAUGGCUCUAGGGAUCAUCAUCUUGAAGAAAAGGUACAGCGUGUCCAAGUACGCCUCCAUAGCCCUGGUGUCCCUGGGCAUCUUCACCUGCACUUUCAUGUCUGCAAAGCAAGUGGCAUCUGACUCCAGCUUAAAUCAAGAGGACGGACCCCAGGUUUUCCUCUGGUGGCUGCUGGGCAUUGCUGCCCUCACCUUCGCCCUGCUGAUGUCUGCCAGGAUGGGGAUUUUCCAGGAGACGCUGUACCAGCGGUUUGGGAAGCACUCCAAGGAGGCCCUGUUCUACAAUCACGCGUUGCCGCUCCCUGGAUUCCUGCUUCUGGCUCCCAACAUUUACCACCAUGCCGUGCUCUUCAACCAGUCUGAGCCGUUCCAGGUGCCAGUGAUCGGCCUGACCCUGCCAAUCAUGUGGUUCUACCUCCUCAUGAACGUCAUCACCCAGUACGUCUGCAUCCGCGGCGUCUUCAUCCUGACCACGGAGUGCACGUCCCUCACGGUCACCCUGGUGGUGACGCUCCGCAAGUUCGUCAGCCUCAUCUUCUCCAUCCUCUACUUCCAGAAUCCCUUCACAGGCUGGCACUGGCUGGGCACUGCCUUCGUCUUCGUGGGCACCCUGAUGUACACCGAGGUGUGGAACAGCCUGGGGCCCUUCCUGAGGAGGAGGAGGAGGCCGAAGGAGGAGUGAAUCCAGGGAUUCUCCGCAGGGACCUUUUUAUUGUUUUCCAGAGCAGAGCAGCAGGGAGCCCCCCCAGGGGGUGUUUUUAUAACAGGGGAGGUGUUGGCUGUGCCAAGCUCCUGGGAGAAUGGGGAGCCUCCGCUGGGAACUUCGGGAGUGGAUCAUGGAGAAACAAUCCGGUUCUUUUUCGCUGGUUGGCGUUUUUUUAUGCGACCCCUUUUGCUUCCAAUUUGUCCUCUUGUUUUUUGGUUUUUUCCCCACUGGAAGAAUCCUUUUUAAGGAAAAGCUGACCCAGAGCUUUGUUAGGAGCCCGGCUUGGUGCUGUUGGCUUGGAUCAGCUGCACCCUGAGCCAGUCUGGUGCCGUCCUUUAAUUGUCCCAGUGUCUGGAGCCCCAUUCCAGUGGGAAUUCCAGGCCUGGCUGUUCACCUGCAUCCCUGGUCCCUGUGCUGCGAGGAUGUGGCAUACACACCCCCAGCUGGAGCUUCCAGUCUGGAGCUUCCAGUCUGCCCAGUGGCUCCUGAGAGGGCUGGGUUUACCCUGCUUUUCCCAGUUCUCCUCCCAUCCCUUGGGAUCAGCUUCCUCAUGGCUCCCUGCCCCUCAGUGUCACCCCUGGUUGGUUUUCCUGGAGUUUCCCGGCAGUUUUCCUGGAGCAGCACCUUGUUGCUGUGCUGCUGCUCCUGUCCCUGCUCAGCUGGGACAGUUGAGGCACCCAGGAUGUCACCCCAGUUCACAUCCAGCGUGGCUGAGGAAGGAUUUUACUCCUUUGUUCUGAGAAAAUUGGUGAGGAGGGAUAAAGGGGGUUUCAUGGCAAAGGAAAAAAGAUGGAAAAAAAAAUCCCAAAGUGAUGGGAAAGGCACCACAUCCCACCCAGGCAUUCCCUGAGCCAAGGUCACCUUUCCAAAACUUCUUCCCUCUGUUUUGCCCGCUGAUUUUUAUCAGCUGUCUGGGAUAAUCCUCUUCCCAACUUCCCAUGGCCUCAUCCCUGCUGGGAGGCAGAGUGGGAAAAGGGGAAGGCUCCCGGCUGUGCUGGGAGCACUGAUUUAGCCACAACCCCAAAUCCCAGUGUGGGAAAAGGGAACUCCAUCCCAGGCAGAGCCAGCAUGGUGCUGCCGGGACCUGCAGCUCCAUCCCGAGGUCCUGAAGGAUUUUCUUCCCCAGUUUCAGUUUUUCCUGAGCCUGAAAAAGCUGAAUUUCAAGUGCUGUGGGAUAUUUCCAGGGAUUUUUUGGAUGGGGAGGCUGGCUUGGUGUAGGUCAGGUGUUGCUUCCAGCCGUUUGUGGUGGCUCCAGGGAGGGCCUGGAGAGAGGCAAAACCCCUGAUUUUCAUCUUCCAAGCUCUUCACACGGAGCUUCAGCUGGGAUGGGGAGGUGGGGAAGCCAACAGAAGUUUGGGAUGAAAGAUUUUAGGGAUAGGGAGUGACCAGUGAGGUUCUUCGGGGAUCAGACAUGGCGGGGAAACACCAGAGCUGUGACUCCAGGUCUGUGGGCGUUGUAGGGAUUGUUUUAUCCAGGGGUUGUUGCAUCCAGGGAUUGCUGGAUCCAGGGAUUGAGCAGAGCCGAGCCUGAGGGAGAGUAACACUGCCCGUAGCUACUCCCAGGUGUAACAUCCUGUGCAUACUCUGGGUCGCUCUUCCUCUCCAGGACCUUGCAUGUUGUCCCCAGUUCCCAUGGGAAUAUUGGGGGAUUGGGGCAUUCCCGUUUUUUUUUUAACCACGUGCUUUUCACUCCCAGCACAUCAACCGUGGGUGGUUUGUUGCUGUCGGGGGGAUUUUUUUUAACUUCCCAGUGUGAUCAGUGUGUUUGGAAUAUUUAUGACUGCUUGGAGUCACAGGAGUGGCAGCAAUUCCCUUCCUGCUGGAGGAGAGAGGAGGAAAGGUCCGGGCAGAAGGGCCUCGUUAGCCAAAAUCAAUUAAACCCAGGCUCCCCCCUCCAGGCUGGGGCUGCUGAUUAGUUGGGUUUUAAUGUUUGUGUAGAGAUCAGAGCACCUAUUUUUUAGCAGAGGCUGGAAAAGGGAAGGAGCCCGACGGCUUCUGGGGUGGCUUUGGUUUAGGGUGAGAUUUGGGUUGGUUUUUUAAAAGCAAAAUAAAUCUGUAUCCUCUUCGAAA